GAUACGUCGGCUACGUCGCGCUUGUCCAACUAAGUAACAGAUUAUUCGUCGGAAAGAAGAAUUUUCUUUUAAUAGAGGAGAGGACGACGAAACGUUCGCGAUUAGUCCGUAAAAGUUCGAUCGCAGCGUAGCAGAUGGUCGAGUACGAACCGAUGAGAUCGCGUACGAUCGUUGAACGAUCGGGACGAUUCGGGGGAUUUUUCCGGUCAUAAAUGGUCGAGCAGAGGUAGAAACAGAGACGACCUUUUAUCCCUGGCGUCGGAGUCGAACGCGAAAGGAACGAGACGCGAAGGCUAUACGGGGUACAGGCCGAACAGGCACGCGAACAAAGAAAGCUCGAUUAGGUUCGGGUCAAAGAAGGGAAGAGGUAUUAAGAAAAGGUUAGGCAAGGAAAAAUUGUAAACUAACGUUACCUCGAGCGAUACGUGGCUAGAAACGAAGCAACGGGAACUAUAGAAGUUCUAGAAGAUAACGAAGAAAAGUCUGGCCGAGAGCGAGAAACGGAAAAGAGACGAAGGAGAGAGGAAAGAGACGACGUCGCGGGAUAGAAAGGUACAGGAAAGGACAGGAAGGGACAGGAAAGGAAGAAAGAAGAAGCAGCGGAGGUGGGAAGGAAAGAUGGACUCGGCGGAGAAGCCGAGUGAAACUCUCGCCGGCUGGCGCCGUGCUGUCGGCCCCCGCUGCCUCUUGCCGCCAACAAUGCGCCUCUCCCCCGAUCGUUUCGCCUGGCAUCGUCGCUAACGUCAACGCCAACACCAACGUUUACUCCUAUACCGAUACCAGCUGCAGCGACACUGCCAACGCCAGCAUCACCGUUUGUCGCGUCGCGUCGCGCCGUUGUCAUCGUUCGCGUACCGUUCAACGAUUCCUCGCCGAACGAACCGAAUCUCGCGCGAGAUUCGCUCGGGCUUUUUAUCGCGGCCGGCGCUCGCCGUUAUCGAUAACGCGGAAACCGUGAGAUUCGUUACGUUGGUAGUAACGAUUACAUCGCGCGGACGAACAUUGGUAGCGGCGUUUAAUAAUCGUGAUAGUAGUGGUGGUAAUCGUGGUCGCGGCGACGGUGGUGGUGGUGGUGGUGGUGGUGGUAGCGGUAGUAAGGUUAGAGGCAGUAAAGUCGCAGGCCAGUAGUCGGGACUCCCUCGCACGCGUACGCGAUGAAAGAGACUCGAACGCGCGAGGCGAGUCAGUACAUGGUCGACCGCGAUCGAGCGAGGUCGUGCUCCGUUUCCGCAAUCGUUCCGGUCCUUCGACUCGGCUCCGCUCCAAACUCGGAAGCUUCGACGGAUUUAAACGCGAUUAAGUCGAGCUUGUUUUUCUCGGUGAUUCGAAAACUUUGACUUUCGACCGAAGUGAAAGAACGACGAUCGACCACGAACAGUGCGCGAGAAACGAGAACGGGUGGGAGAAUACGAAAAGGGAGAAGAACGCGUUUGCCGGUACCCGUGAACCUGUCCGCUACACGUGUACCGUGGGAUCCACCCCACGAAAAACAGUGCGCGAUAGCAGUGGUGCGCGUGCGGUGAUCAAGAAUAGAAAAGUCUGUGUUUAACGCGCGCAUCGAACCACGCACGACUCGUGUCUAAAACCACGGACGAAAAUGACCCGUCGCGUGCUGGAAUCCAUCACGGAGUUGUCUACUUUGAUCAAAGCCGGUGGAAUGGCGGGCUCCGAAAAGGACGCUGGUUUCUGUAGCGGAGGCGACGAAGACGACAUGUCCGGUUUUCAUUCGCCGAGCGCCUCCGAGGAUAGCGUGGAGGUGCAAGUAACGCCGAUUUCAUUAAAGAACAAAAGAAAAUUGGCAGAACCACGGAAAAUUCAUGAACCGAGCACGGCACCGUUAAAGAAAAGAAGAUUCGAGCUAAUCGAGGAGGAAACUGUGCCGGACGAAGAAUCCAGAACGAUUCGAUCGCCGAGUCCCUUCAGACCGUGGAAUUGUUCCGGCAAGAACGUCGAUUCGAAACUCUCUAUGUCGCUGACAGCGAACAAAACCGUCAACGAAAGAUCGACCGCGUCGUUGUCCGUAACGUCCGCUGCCUCCAAGCGAAUCAGUCUGGCUAAUAGCGAAAACGAGGCUCGCGGGAACGCCGACGGAGACGAGGAAUCUCGAAGAAGACGAAACGAGUCACGGGUCCGGGAACAUUUACCUCCAAGAUCGCGACAUUCCACGCAAAUUCGUCCCCUUCGCGUCCACGAGCGAGAGACGUCUCGCGAAAAAUUCGAUUGCGCGACUCUCUCCGAAGGCGUAACGACCAUCGCGGAAACAACAUCGUCGACGACGGCCGACGCGAUCACGCGUCCUGGAUCGCAAGAAGAACCGUUGUCGCUCGUUCUGAGAGGAGACGUAACCAGCAGAGUACCCUCGCAUCCAGCGAUAAACGGUAGUUACGAAAAAUCCUGUUCGUAUACCGUGGAACCUCCAAACGUCUCGACCGCCUCGUUGUCAUCGCCGUUAUCUUCUUCCUCGCUCUCCUCUUUAUCCUCCUUGUCAUCCUCUUCGUCCUCGUCUUCCUCCGCCUCCUCUGCGUCCUCGUCGUCGUCGUCGUCGUCGUCGUCAUCCUCGUCAUCGUCUUCGUCGUCGUCGUCAUCGUUAUCCUCGUCCUCGUCGUUCCGUCGUCAACCGAACGAUCGAAUCGACUGUUCCACCGUCGGUAGUUCCUUCUCAACGGCGACGUCUACAACCGCGAUCGUAACGACAACUGCCACCGCGACAACCGCGACAACGAUGACUAAUGUCCAAACCGGCCACUCGAGGCAACAUUCGAUAACGGGCCAGCAAAGAAAUUACAAGAACAUGACCCGCGAAAGAAGAAUAGAAGCGAACGCCAGAGAAAGAACGAGAGUGCACACGAUAAGCGCCGCGUUCGACACUCUUAGACGAGCCAUUCCCGCUUAUUCUCACAAUCAAAAAUUGUCCAAGUUGUCCGUGUUGAGAAUCGCGUGCAGUUACAUCAUGACUCUCGGUAAAAUCGUCGAUGCCGGCGAACACGAACAGACCAACGGUGCUUCGUUGAGGACCUGCGUGGAUCUCGUAUCCAGGACCAUCCAGACCGAAGGCAAACUGAGAAAGAGAAAAGAAGACUGAAGCCAACUAUACCGAUCCGCGCGACGACUAACUUUUAUCUUUAGCCUUUCCCACCGUAUCCCACCGUUCGCGAUUCUCUAGCCGUUUAGUUUUAUCUCGGUUCUACUCGUUCGCGGUCGGCUACAAUCGGAUAGAAUACAGAUAGAAUCCAGGUAACAGCCGUUCAACGAGAAAACGCGUUUAAUCACCUUCAAUUUUCUGUAUUUCGAUUGACCGCGAAAAAUUCUAACCGAAAUUCGGAAUCGAACAACUAUCGACGGUCGCUGCUCGAUAGGUCGAUUCGCAAAAUUUCAAGCGCUACGCGAACAAUCUUUUUCGAUUUCGAGCAUCGAUCGGACAUCGACUCGGCUUUCUAAUAAAAAUCGAAUAAAAAUCGAUCCAACCUCGUCACGAAAAUUUUCUACAAAACGAGUAGGAAGUUGAUUCACCUGGAAGUUUCUGUAACGCGUGAACGAUGAACGCGCGAGAGGCGUGAUACGGAUACGACGAGGUUGGUUCGGUAGCUGCAACCGGUUGCGCCAGGAUUCAUCGACGACCAUCUACGCGAAUCGUUGUCGAUCCAUGUAUUAAAAUACGCAACGACAAGUUAAUACGCGCGCAUUCGUCGUUGCAAGAAUCGUCGUCGGACGGUGGUGCACCGAUCCAUCGAUUACUCGUCAUCUAACUUGGAAAUAAAUUGUCGACUUUAAGAAAAUUAA